CGUGUGCUAGGUGUACGACAAACUCGUAUGGGUAUUCGUAUUACGCUUCGCUUUCCGUUAUGAAUCAACGCAGUGAGUACAAAACUCAAGGUACCAUUCAAAGACAAGGCUUAGGGCAGCUUCUUCAUCGACUUCGUGGGUUAUGCGACCGAGCUGCUGACGGAGGCACACGUUUUCGGGAACACGAGAUGUUCUUCAAAAUUUCAGGUUCGAUUUCAGGAUCGACUCCAGCGCCAGUUAGCUGUAGAAUUAGGCGCUCAUUGAACAAUGAGAGAGCACCAUGGCAUCUUCGUUACUAUGGACCUGCAGACACUGCCAUAAAAUCACCAAUUAUCUUAGUUCGUAACUGCAUUGAAUUGACAACUACUGAUGCUUUACCUCAGUUCCUUCAAGAGAUGGGAUUUGUCUUGCAACAAGAGUGUGUGUUUGAGGGUUGGCUCUUUCUUAAAGGACCGUUCAAAGUCUGUGUAUUUAGCAUUUCCAAGAUGCCUGUGAGAUCAGACACUACUAACACAGAGGAAAUUCCUGCUAUGAUUGUAGAUGUGACAGCGACUGCUGUGGCUGGAGUUGAACAGGAUGCGGUUGUUCAUGAAAUGAAUUCCCUAGCCGAGCAUUUAAAACCGUUAGUGAUGUUGAAAAAACCGGAUCCUGCACUGCCAUUGUAACAUGCUACCAAGAAUGAGAUCAUCACUGGCUUCUAUUCACAUUAGAGACUUACGAAGAACCUCACAGUCAAUGACUACUACAAGUUCUUCUAU